UCCUCUGUGAGGUAAGAGUGCCGCGCGUGCGCAGAGGCUUGCUCCUCCCCUGUCACAGGCCGCGGCCUGGUUCUCUCCCCUCCCCCCCUCCCCUUUCUUUUGCUCCGCAGGUAGGCCUAGCUGGCCCUGGUCGGUGGCCCUUGUUCGCUCCGUGUCGUUGUUUUGUCUCCCUGAACGAAGCAAUUUCUCUUGUCACGUUCUCCUUCUGGCAGGCUCUGGGCCUUGCUUACCAGGCCGGCUCCUGGCGCCCGUUGUAGCCAAGCCCCCGGGCUCCCCGCACCCGGAGAGGAUGUCUGAUCAGACGGGCUUGGUGAUGCCACAGACCUUGGACAGGAGCUGCUGGGUGUGUUUUGCAACAGAUGAAGAUGACAGAACAGCAGAGUGGGUGAGACCAUGCAGGUGCAGAGGCUCUACAAAAUGGGUUCACCAGACUUGUCUACAGCGAUGGGUGGAUGAGAAACAGAGAGGGAACAGUACAGCUCGCGUGGCUUGCCCUCAGUGCAAUGCAGAAUAUUUAAUAGUUUUUCCAAAGCUAGGUCCAGUCGUUUACGUCUUGGACCUAGCAGAUCGUCUGAUCUCAAAAGCCUGUCCGUUUGCUGCAGCCGGAAUAAUGGUGGGCUCUAUCUACUGGACUGCUGUCACUUAUGGAGCUGUAACAGUGAUGCAGGUUGUGGGUCAUAAAGAAGGUCUUGAUGUAAUGGAAAGAGCUGAUCCCUUAUUUCUUUUAAUUGGUCUUCCGACCAUCCCAGUUAUGCUUAUAUUGGGAAAGAUGAUUCGCUGGGAAGACUAUGUGCUUAGACUGUGGCGCAAAUAUUCUAACAAACUACAGAUACUGAACAGCAUAUUCCCAGGGAUUGGAUGUCCUGUUCCUCGUAUUCCAGCUGAGGCCAACCCUCUGGCAGAUCAUGUCUCUGCUACUCGCAUUCUGUGUGGAGCUCUUGUCUUUCCCACUAUUGCUACAAUAGUUGGCAAGCUGAUGUUUAGCAGUGUUAACUCUAAUCUUCAAAGAACAAUUUUGGGUGGAAUUGCUUUUGUUGCUAUAAAAGGAGCUUUCAAGGUUUAUUUCAAACAGCAGCAAUAUUUACGACAAGCGCAUCGGAAAAUUUUGAACUAUCCUGAGCAAGAAGGCGCAUAAAAGUCUGUUGAUGUAUGAUUUGUACAGUCUCAUCUGCUGAAUUUGGCAGCACUGUAUCAACUCCGUUGCUUGCCUACAGAAGUGGAGGUUGGACACUAUGCUGCUGAUGUGCGUUUUGUUUUUGUGUCUGUUUUUUCCACAUAGAAUAAUAAAGGACAUGGCCAGGUAAAAAUAUCUCCUUAGUAGUUGAACCUUAUGAAUGUGAUCUGUGUUUUCCUUGGUGCAUUUUCUUUGUGGCAGAAGACAUCCAAAACAUUUUUUUUGCAAGCAAAUGUUGCUUUCUUUCCAGACAGGAGGCAAAACAAUUGUAAAGUUCAUAAAUUAUGUGCAGACUGUAUUGCAUUAUCUUUUGUAUGCUUAUUGCAGUAGAUGCACGGUACUUUGCUAUGUGGGCCAAUAUCGUAGGACUUUUAAAAGUAUACAUUUGAUGGUUUCUCGCCAAGUGGAACAGUGGAAUGUCAGUUAAUAGGAGUCUCUUAUUCAUAGAUGUAGCUUAACAGUGAACUGGAAGUCAGCAGUUUAUUCAAAUUAAUUAUGACCGCUCUUUCCGUUUUUUAGCCCAUCACAACAGCCCAGACUGCUAAAAGAGUUAAAUAUGCAAGCCUAGUUUUGAUAAGCACUUUGGAUUCCCACAAAUUGCUUUUUUAUUUAAAGUUUUUUUUUGUUAAAAUAACCUUUUUUUAGCUCCUUGGUUUUAUGGUUCUAUAUAUAACUGACUCUGCCACCUGUGAAAUUGAAAAACUGAAUUAUACCCUGUUUGUUAAGAGCUGCAAUAUUAGUGUUGUGCUGUGAAAUCUCAGCCGAAUAGUGGAAUCCUUCUCUCAAACUAAAUCUAGAAGCAAAGGUUCCAAACCCAGUACUGGCUGUACAUGGCCAUAUCUAAAAGAAUCUAUAAAUGGUUGGAUAUGGACACUGAGAAUACUGAGGACACUGAUUUCCCAGGUACAGAUUUAAAAGGCUGGACCAAGCAGUAAUUUCUGUAGAAAAAGGGAUUUCCAUCAGUGGAAUGGAACAUUCUUGGGACACUCUCCCCUCCUGCUGUAUCCUUAAUUGGUUCCUGCAGUGCUGAUUCUGGGGGACAGCAUAAGCAACAAAUGGGGGGUUUCUAGUGGGAGAGGGUGGAAAUGCCCCCCCUUUCUGUUGGCGGAAAUGAAUCAUUGGGUCCAAAGCAUAGUUUCUGAGCUGUAAAAUGUUUGUGAUUCAAUUGGCACUCAAUACAUCUCUUUUGAAACCGUGCCCCAUUGAUUUUAGCUGAGCUCUAGAUAAGGCAGCCUAGGGGAAGGACUUCUGGGGGGGGGGGGCAGGAGGCUUCCCUCAUCUCUUGCAACCAGUAAAAGACUCAAGUACAUGUCAGAGUUGAGGUGCAUACAUGAUACACUGAAGUUGCACUUUUUUUUUUGACCACAGAAAUGUAGUAUAUUAAUGUCAAAUGUCAGAGUUCGUAUGGGUGGUUCAUAAUAUAGCCACGCAGUAUGCAGCAAUCAUCCUGGGUUUACAGGUAGCAUUUGUUAUUGCAGGAUUAAAGAACCAUUAAGUGUCUUUCAAGCUCUCAAAAUUAUGUUCCAACAGUGUAUCUAAUGCAUGAAGAAAAGUAAUAAGCUUUCCUUCCUUGUAAGUACUAGUAAAUAAGAAUUUUUCACCAGAAAUGAAGCAAAUGAGGAAAGAGGCUUCAUGUUUGAUUGCAAUAAUGUAUGCUAAAGAACUAUUAUGGUGAUUUUUGCAUUACUUUAAAUACUGAAAUGUAAUUAGAGUGUAUAAAAAAGUGUAUAUAAUGACCAACUAGUAUUCCAGCACUGGUUUAUGUGAAAAAUAUAAAGCACAAGAAAACAAUGUAGUUUCUUGUUUUAAUUAAGGAACAAAAUUGCUAUUAAGUUUAAGUUGCAAUUGGACUUUUGAUAUAUAUUUAUAUACAGCAGGGUCUUACAAGAUGCUGGCUUUCUAUAAGAUACGUUUUCAAUGCUAUGAAACAUGUUUUGCAGAAAUUCUCAUGGCAAGGAGGACCUUUCUCAGCAGUCUUCACUGUAUAUACACCAGCCCUUUGUAUCUGGUGGUUUUUAAAUUCUAUCUUAUAGAAUCUAACAGUGAAAAUUAAUAGAUUUGGAAUUUGUUCUGAUGUAAAAUGUUGAAAAUUGCUGAAAAUAUUGUAUAUCUUAUGGUUACAAAUGUACUGUGAAGAGUAUGGAAUUUUAAUUUCAGUAGCAAAAACAUUACCUUGGUUACUGUGCUGUUAAAAUGUUUUAGUAGUGAAAUUUAUGAUCACAUACUAGAAGAAUAGAUUGAAUAAAAACAUUUUUUACAUUC